AUUUUAUGAAUACAACUCAAUAAGAAGGUAAUUCUUUAUUGAAAGAUUUGGAGAGGAUUAGAAAGAAAACAAAAAUUUCAAAUAAGGUGAUUAAUGGAUAGUUAGAACAAAUCAUCACAGAAAUAGAGGAGGCUAAAUCAAUUAAUGAUUACUCUUAAUUAAAAGAUAAAUUACAAGUAUAAUAUUAGAUUAAGUAAAGAAUUAAAAACCAUUGACAAAAAUAAAAUAAACUAAUAAUGAAUGCUAUGCUUAUAUAUCAAAAUUAGGAAAAAACAUGGAUAAAUUAUAUAAAAAGAAUUUAUAAUAUGGUUAAGAACAUGUAGAAUUAGAUAAGAAUGUCCUAACAGAAGUGAGAAAUAAAAAUUAUACAUUUAGUUAAUAAAAACUCAUUUAUUGAGAGAUGGAGAAUUUGAAGCUUAUGAGACUUUAUUAAAGGAAUCAGGUUCAGCUGAAUCUAGUUUUCAUUAAUUUUUUACAGAAGCUUAGAGUAUAGUGAAAGAUUUAAAAGAAAGAAAAUUAGAUUCAGCUAUUUAAUGGGCAGAAACUAGAGAAAAAAAAAUAAUGAAUUGUCUACUCUUUGAAUUGUUGAAACAAAAAGUAUAGAAUACUUAAAUUUAAUAGGUGAUAUAAUUAGUAUAAACUGAAGGUAUUAGUGCAGCUAUAUAUUUUAUGAGAGAUAAUUCUUCAUUUUAAGAAUAAGGUUAAGCUCAUUUAUAUGAAAUUCGUUUAAUGACAUGUUCGAUAUUUCUAUGGCCAAAUGUAGAAAAUACAAAAUAUCAUUAUCUAUAUGAUGAUGAAAAAAACUGGCCUAGAAUACUAAAUCUAUUUUUAGAAGUAGCUGCUAAAUCAUAAAGUAUUUAUUUAAUUUUUAUUAGAUAUACUAACUAAAUCUGAAAUUAGAACUGUAUUUUCAGCUGGUUGCUUAACUAUGCCUAAAUUAAUAAAAUAUAAUUAAAUAACAAGAAGUAAUAAUAAUUUAUAAAUAAAAAUAGAUAGAUCUUCAGAAGUAUUGACAAAUGAUAUCCCUAUUGAUAUUGAAAUAGGUAAAGAAUUUAAAUAUCAUUCCUUCUUUGUAUGUCCUGUUUCAAGAGAAGUAACUAAUUCUGACAAUCCUCCAGUUUUAUUAAAAUGCGGUCAUGUCAUUUCUAAAUUAUCAGCUCAUAAAAUGAUAGCUAAUAAAUCUAAAUUUAAAUGUCCCACUUGCCCUGUAGAAACAAAAGGUGUUGAUUUACCUGAACUAAUAUUUAUUUGA